CUUCUGUUAAAACAUGUGACUGAUUUGAGCUGUAAAAUUGUUUAAAUUGUCAUUUUUACAGUCGUUUUAGGGUUUAUGGUGUUAUGUACAUCCUUAUGGCAACUAAGUUGUCGCCACAGAAAGAUUUUUAUCAUUCCAAAAUCAUGUUGACGUAUAUUAUUAUAUAUUUUCAGGAAUGAAUGACUUAAACUUUGGUCUAACAAAGCUAUUGUAUGGCUUUGGAAGACUUGGAAUGUUUGUCAGUAGUGUCACUACAAAUAGCAAAACUAUUUGUUUGCUAACGUGUAGUGUUGCUAUCUACUUUCUCUAAAUUAUAGCUUUUAGCUUAGCUUAGCACAUUUUUCUGUCGAGUAGUUUGUAACUUAGCUAGCUAAAUUGCUGUUUUAAAGAAAAAAGCUGCUCAAAUUCUCCUUUUGUGUUCCACAGAAAAAGUAUACUGGGGUGGAAUCAUGAGAGGAUGAAUAAAUGGAGAUUUGGGUGAAAUAUUCCUUAACAUGGUAACAUAGAGUGUGUGUAUGCAUGGGAGGGGAAGUGGUGGCUGAGAGUUGAUACACAGCAGAGAGGAAGGUGUGAAUUGGUGAGCUCAUUGAAUGGCUAUAAGCAUGUGUCUGUCCUUGUGUGGGCAUUUGUGCAUCCUAAAUAUUUUUUUUGUGACAUCAUAUUCGCUCAUUACCAUUUAAAUAGAUUCCACUUAACCUACCCAGACCGGAACUGACUACCUUCCAUGUCCAAAAUGCGGAAGAUCAGAAGAUCUUUCCUUUUCGUCAGUAAAGACAUUUUCAUCUUUUGGAAAAUGGUUGGACUAUUUAAAUUGAUUUGUUUUGUUAUGGCAGAUUAUGUGUGAGACUUGUCUGAGAGGUUUUUUUUACUCCGUGGAGAACCGUCCGCCCACCUGAGGUCUUUAUGAUUGAUGGUUAUCUCUCACGCUUAGGGUGGGUCUCAUGCGCUCUGUGUGCAGUUGGUCUUUUCUUUCACUGUAGAACUGCAUCCCCUCUUCUGGAUGUUGAAUUGUCAUCUUUGAAGUGGCCAGAGAGAAGCUGUGGACAUGGCUCCAGUUAGUAUUAAGUAUCCCUCAGUAUUCGUGGUGGACAGCAAUGCCAGAGCACCUCCGCUGCCCCCCAAACCGGGACGGAGGAAGUGGCACAGGGCGACCCAGACACUGCUGUUGGUCCUGGUCAUUGUGGCUCUGUGUGGCAUGGCCGUGGAGGCCUGUUUCAUCUAUCAUCUUUACUCAUCCAAAGACAAGCCUACCUCCGCAAAUGAUCCACAGACUGCCAUGAGAAAACAAGAGAAAGAAGAUACUGUGCCCCCCAAGCAAAAACCAGUUGGAGUUGUGAAGCCAUCAAAACCAGUGGCACAUAUAACAACUGGUCAGCAUCUUGCUAAUGGAGUCCUGCUGUGGACGGAGAAUCAGGAAUCCAUCCUUCACCAUGUAAAACACAAGGUCAAUGAGGGCAAGCUCAUCAUAGAGAGGGAAGGCUUCUAUUCAGUCUACUCUAAGAUCAGCUUAAAGGUGGACAGCUUCAUAUUCUAUCACUCUGUACUAAAGAUCACACCUCGAUACACAGGGGGAGAGAUUUUGCUUCUCCAGUCCACUAGGUCCAUUCCGAAACAGAGGCCAGGAACCAUUGACAACAGUUAUCUCAGCGGGGUGUUCCACCUGUUCAAAGGUGAUUCUGUUUUUGUCAGGAUUAAAAAUUGCACACUGGUGUUGUCAAAUUCUGCUAUGAACUACUUUGGUCUGUUCAUGGUUUAGAAUGUUACCAAAUGGUAAAAGUGUUGGUAAAAUUUUUGUAAAUCCACAGUUGGAUUCAAUGAAAAGUUACACUAACUUAAAAAAAAGUUUGACACCCAAAAUUUUUAAAACAAUGUACACUCACAUGAGUUGUCCUAAUUAGUUGCUAAGAACAACUUUUAAUUCUACAUUAGAGUCUCUGAUUUUGGCCAGCAUCACGUGACCAGCCAAUCUUGAAAUUCCACCGAGAUAAUCAACAAAAACUUCAUGCAUCCAAACUGAGAGGUAUGAGAAUAAGACUAGCUAAACCAAGCAGUCAAUAGGUUAGCAUGGUAAAUUUAGCCCCUGUUGGUACAGUAGGUGCCAUAACUACACCAUCUGAAAGCAAAAACUAUCUUUCACCAAUUGUCUUUCAAAAGUUGCCAUGUAUUCAGAUAGAAUGCAUUUUUUGAAUCAACAUAUCAAUGUAAAUCACAAGUAUUUAAUUAUAUUAGAUAUCUUAAUAUAUUAGUUAUAUGAGUGCUGAUUUUUGGAGCAUGAAAUGGACUUUGACAUCACAGCUCUGCUAAAUGGUUUGGGACUGUGUAUGCAUUGUCACGAUGGCAUUUUCCUGCAGCUUCAGAGUGAUUAUUAUGAUCAUCUUGACAUUUACAGUAAUUUAAUAAAAAAUGUCCCUGACCAGAACUGAGAACAAAGAUGGCAGAUUUCAAAUGAUUAGAUGAAUGGAAAAAUUAUUGGUAGAUCUCUUUAAGUAUUAUAGAACUAUAGACCAAAAUUAGCUGACUAUUAGAACUGAAACCAUUACUUAGAGCGUGUCUAACAAUAACCAUUUCUCACUUUCACAUAGUUUGUGCAGUGACCAUUCAACCCAUUACAUUCAGAAGGUUUAAGGUUAAUUGUUAUGGGGUCAAAGAUCAGGGCUAAUUAUGGCCUUAAAGGACUAGUUCACCCAAAAAAAUUAAAAGGUAACACUUUACAAGGUUCCAUUUGAUAUCAUUGUUAACAAUGAUAUUUAAAUACGUUAUUAAAAUCAAAAGUUGUAUUAGUUAACUUUAGUUAAUGCACCAUGAACUAACAUGAACUUACAAUGAACAAUUUCAUAUACCAACUGUAAAGCAGUUCAAUGGAAAGGAGGCGAGAACUGGCUUGACAAUAUAACUAAUAUUCCGCAGUCUGCCUUUAUCCCUCUCGGAGGAUUGAUUAGACUGAUAAGGGGCCGAGUAUCUAAAAUCAUGACCCGGCCCCACCCUCCGCCCUGCCACACUAGCAAACAUGAACAAAGAUUAACAAAUGCAGUAAAAAAUUAUAUUGUUAAUUUUUAGUUCAUUAUAUCUAAAGCAUUAACUAAUGUUAACGAAGGGAACCUCUUGGGAAUUCUGUCAUACUAUACUCACCCUCAUGUCAUUUCAAAUCCGUCUGACUUUCUUCCUAUGCAGCACACAAAAAAAGUUUUGAUGAUCUUCUCAAUACAAUGACAGUUGAUAGUUCCUCACUAUAAAGUAUUGUCAAAUUAGUCCAUGCGGCUUGUGCGUCUUACACUCAAAUUAAUUUUUUUUUAAAGAUUUACACAUUUCAUAAUUUCAUAACAAAAGCCCAUCAAAUGUAAUUGAGUAAUCUUUAACAAAAUGAAAUAAAAAACGAAAUAGUUUAAGUUUUAUUAAAAAUUACACAAUUUAAUUUCAUGCAAUUUUGUUAUGAAAUGAAAAUGUAUAUUUAUAUAUAUAUGUGUUGAUUUUUUGUUUGUUGCAAUGUAUCAUGUACUCUACCAUAAUUUAAUCAUGAUAAUUACUGAAAAUGUAUUGUUUAAUUAAUAAAUGUCAUAAAUUUCCAGUAAUAAAUAUAUGUAGUCUAUUCCAAGUUUUCUGAAGGCAACGAUAGGUUUUGGUAAAAAAAAUAUAUAUAUAUAUUUUUUAUAUGGGUGAAUUAUUCUUUAAACUAAGAAUUAUCAUUGCCUCAGUCCUGGUGACAGUUGUCAGAAUAAAGACAACUGGAUCGCAACAUAAAAAUAAAGUUUCCUGCUCCUUUGUACCUUGAUUUGCACGUGUCUUUAAUGUUACUAUUUUUAACUAUUUCAAAUUUGCAUUCAUUUUUUCAGAUAAACAUUUAAACUAUAAUUUAAUUCUCUGAAGAUAUUUCUCUCAUACAGUAUACAUGUACUGUAUAUCUCACAUUAGGUGUGAGAGUCUUGUGUUUAUGUACAGUAUUUUGGCCCCAAGCACUGCACAGGGCCCAUUGUCUAUGUCAA